AUUACCCUCCGCCCUAAACUACGUCGCUUCUUCUACCUCCGUCACUUUCUUUUCUUCCUAGCAAAAUAGAGGUGUUGGAUCACAUAAAAGCAGGCACUUGGCAGUGCCGCAGUGGUAUCAAAAUGGCGUUGAGACUGGCUGCGCUAAAACGCUCGGGGAUUAACACAGGAUGCGGGUUAUCCUUCAUGCGGCUGGCCCAUGCUGCGGCCCUUCCUGCGCCGAUAAAUUCAACUAUCAGUUCCCCAGCUGUAUCUCCACCGUUGGGUUUACCAGAUAACCCAGAAGUAGAAAACAACAGCGGUUUCGGAUUCCCUAGUUUCUCAUUUGGUGGAUCAAUGGAACUUAUGGCUGUUCCCAAAAAGAAGGUUUCUCCCCAUAAGAAAGGCAUAAGAAAUGGGCCAAAAGCUUUGAAGCCUGUUCCUGUGAUUAUUCGUUGCAAGAGCUGCGGUCGGGUGAAACUGCCACACUUCUUCUGUUGCAGCGGAGAGAGGCGGAAGGAAGAGUGAAAAAUCAAAUUAUUAUUCUAGCUGCUCUUUUUCAAUGAAGCACCAAGCAUAGUUUUGUUGUUUUUUGAAUUAUCUAAACUGUACCAGAUUUUAAUACACUUGAUAGAAGUUUCUUUGUAGAAAAGACUGAUUGCAUUUUGUUUC